AUGAAGACGGCGGCCGUGACACCCAGAGACGACGUCCCAAACGGCACGCAGGUCGGACGCUGGACCAAGAGGGAGCACGAGCUGUUCCUCGAGGGGCUGCAGCGCUUCGGCAAGUCCUGGAAGAAGAUAUCGAGCCUCGUGCACACGCGCACGCUGGUCCAGAUCCGCACCCAUGCGCAGAAGUACCUGCAGAAGCAGUCGCGC